UAUAGUGAACACGUUUCAACAUAAAAUAACAUUUUUAAAAUAUAUAUUCAAACUCAUGCUAAAUAAAAUAAUUUUUGCAGUGCAUUAUAUGCAUUAGUAAAAUCUAGAAUAUUUGUAUUGGUCGUCACAAAGUUCGUGAAAGUGUUUCUUAUUUACGAGAAUCAUGAAGGCAUCAUUUCUUCAAGCACAACCGGGCGAAAGGAGAGCUUUCUUUGAGAAGGUUCUCUCUUUAAAGCACUAUUUCACGCUUUUUUUGUUAUUUUUACAGUGCCCCUUAAAGAAAACGACAAAAUGCCCACGGAAGUGAAGCAGAGAAAGAAAAAGCAAAGCGAGGAUGUUCCUGCCAACCGCAAACCAGAAGUGGAUCAAAGACUGAGGAAGGAAGACGGAGACUCUCCUAAAACAUCCAGUUUGGACUUUAAAGGAAUCAUGUGCGUUUUAUCGCUUGCAGUGUGCGCGGCACUCAGCUGGGAGGUGAUCCAGCAGAAGGAGAGGUUCUCCAGCAUGGAGGAGAAGUUCACACUUUUACAUGGAAAGACGUCGACUUUGACUCAAAUGGAGGACCAAGUGGAAAAAAUGAACCAAAAACUCGCCGCCUCUGAGGUCGAUGUCCAGGAGGCGCUCUCCGCCCUCUCCAUGGCAACGGGACUCCAGCAGGACGUUGUCACGCUCCACGCCACCAUCACGGCCAUGCAAGCGGACGAGAACUCUGCGUCCGGAGACCUCCAGGCGGUCAACGGCCGCUUCCUGAACGUGACAGAGACUUGGCAGGCCCGCCUCGCCGCCGCCGCCUCCGAGCUGGCCGCCCUCAAAGCCGAGGCCCGAGAGGCCCACGCGGGAGCUACAGACAAGGUGAACGAGGCCGAGCGGCGGGUCAGGGCGCUGAGGGAGAAGCUGGAGGAGCUGGAGGACAGCACCAACAGGAACGCCCGAGCGAUGGAGCGCUCCGAGGAGGACGACGCCAAGCGGGCUCGGGAGCACCUGGACUGGAACACCAAGCAAGUCCACAAUCUGCAGGAGCACGUCAACAGGCUGGCCCGUAAGGAGGCGGAGCUUAGCGGGCAGCUGCAGGAGCUCAUCCCCCGGGCACGGGAAUGCGAGGAGCACCUACCCAGCGUGGAGGAGGCGCUGCGCUCCAUCCUCAAACUGGGCGGCGACCUGAGCGGGGCGGAGAAGCGCCUGGAGGAGGCGACGCUGCAGGUGUUCGGCGCCGAGGACAACAUGCUGAAGACCCUCCACCAGAUCCUCCAGAUGAGGCAGGAGGUGGACGCCCUGCAGGCUCGCAGCAGCAUCCUCAAGAUGAAGAGCGAGCUCUCGGUGGUGCGGGAGGCGGUGCAUGAACUCACCAUGGUGCUGAGGGGGGAGCAGGUUGCCGACGGCGACGAGGAGCCGGAUGAGGAGUGGAUUGAAGACCAAGCUCCUCGUGAUGACACCGCCCAAUGAUGUCAUGCAUACAAAGACAAGGAGUUUUUUUGAGUUUUUUUGCUGUUUUCAUGAAGUACUUUAACCACAGGACCGUAGAAGUAGACCAUUACCAUGUAUCCCUCGUUUAAAGGCCUACUGAAACCCACUACUACCGACCACGCAGUCUGAUAGUUUAUAUAUCAAUGAUGAAAUAUUAACAUUGCAACACAUGCCAAUACGGCCUUUUUAGUUUACUAAAUUGCAAUUUUAAAUUUCCCGCGAGUUUCUUGUUGAAAACGUGGAAUGAUGGCGCGUACGCGUGACGUCACGGACUGUAAGGAAAUAUUAGCGCUGCAUCAAACACGGCUAAAAGUCGUCUCUUUUCAUCGCAUAAUGACACAGUAUUUUGGACAUCUGUGUUGCUGAAUCUUUUGCAAUUUGUUCAUUUAAUAAUGGAGACUAUAAAGAACAAUGCUGUUGGUGGAAAGCGGUGGAUUGCAGCUGUCUUUAGCACCGAGACACAGCUGGUGUUUCUUUGUUUGUUGUGAAGCUUUAACGCAGAGCGCUCAAGCGAACAUGUUUUCUCUACGUCAACCAGCAUGUUUUUGGAUGGGAAAAUUGUGAUAUAUAUCUUACCGGAGAAAUCAUUGGAUUAUUCGUCGUCCUGCAGCAGCUGUUUAAAAGGCAGCUGUGAGCUUGGCUCCUCGGCUUCUCUCUGAGACACUUUGUGUUCACCGCAGCCAUCCGACCUCGAGGUAUUUCUUUACAAUCUUUAAAAUCUCACUAAAACACUAUUAAAACAAUAAGCAGAUAAGGGAUCUUCCAGAAGUAUCCAAGUAAAUGUGUCUAAUUACAUUUGAAACGCUUACAUUGCCGCCGGCCGGAGCCGUCACUUUUUUUUCCCUUUCUAGUCCUUCACUAUCAAUAUCCUAAUUUAACUAAUCUUUCGUCCUCGCUCAAAUUAAUGGGGAAAUUGUCGCUUUCUCGGUCCGAAUUGCUCUUACUGCUGGUGGCUCCCAUUAAAAACAAUGUGAAUAUGUGUGGAGCUCUGCAACUCGUGACGUCACGCGCACAUACUUUCGGUAAAGGCAGGGCUUUUUUAUUAGCGACCAAAAGUUGCAAACUUUAUCGUCGAUGUUCUCUACUAAAUCCUUUCAGCAAAAAUAUGGCAAUAUCGCGAAAUGAUCAAGUAUGACUCAUAGAAUGGACCUGCUAUUCCCGUUUUAAAUAAGAAAAUCUCAUUUCAGUAGGCCUUUAAGUUAUAUAGCGUCACCUAUUGAACAAGUGGGUGUAUUGCAGCUUUUAAAGCAUGGGUGUCAAACUCUGUCCCGCCGUGUAAUUUCAUUUGGCCCUUGAGGCAAUAUCAAAUUAACAUUAGAGCUGGCCCGCCGCUGUGACACCACAUUCACCGCUAAUACUCAUACUCGUCAACCCUCCCAAUUUUCCCGGGAGACUCCCGAAGUUCAGUACCCCUCCCGAAUUUCCCCCGAUUUUCACCCGGACAAUAAUAUUGGGGGCGGGCCGUAAAAGCACUGCUUUUGGCGUUCUCUACAUGUCGCCACGUCCGCUUUUCUUCCAUAAAAACACCGUGCCGGCCCACUCACAUAAUAUAUGCGGCUCAUACACACUUGGUCAACAGCCAUACAGGUCACACUGAAGGUGGCCGUAUAAACAAGAUUAAAUGUAAAUGGGUUGUAUUUGUAUAGCGCUUUUCUACCUUCAAGGUACUCAAAGCGCUUUGACACUACUUCCACAUUUACCCAUUCACACACUGAUGGAGGGAGCUGCCAUGCAAGGCCCUAACCAGCACCCAUCAGGAGCAAGGGUGAAGGACACAACGGACGUGACAAAGUUGGUACUAGAUGGGGAUUGAACCAGGGACCCUUGGAUUGCCGGCACGGCCACUCUCCCCUGCGCCACGUCGUCCCCAUUUGCAACACUGUUACAAAUAUGCGCCACACUGUGAACCCACAGCAAACAAGAAUGACAAACACAUUUCGGGAGAACAUCCGCACCGUAACACAAACACAACCGGAAAAAUACCCAGAACCCCUUGUAUCACUAACUCUUCCGGGACACUACAAUAUACACCCCCGCUACCACCAAACCCCGCCCCAACUUAAACCCGCCGCCGAAAAAAGGCCUUAAAUUUGUGUUUUUAUUUAAUUUGAUAUGCCAUUGAUAUUUUUUAAUUAAUAUUAUUUAAAACUGGAUUUUGCAUGUCACUAUAAAGUUAUAUAAGCCUUGUUUGGUCAAUAUUCAAUGCAAAACUUGUUUGGGUCCCUAUUAAAGGAAAAUUUGUUCAACCUCUGCCCGCGGCUUUGUUCAGUUUAAAAUUUUGGCCCGCUCUUUGAGUUUGACACCACUGUUUUAAAGCCAUGAAGUAACAUCAGAACCUGUUGAUGAUCAUAAAUAGAAGAGAGGAAGUAGAAAUAAUUCAUAGAGGAAAUAAAUGAUCUCGAAAAAUC